ACAGACCCAAACAAAUAAAGCACACAAAAACGUAGAAGUUAUUUACAAGCUACAUCCACCAGAUUCAUAUAAAACUGCUCCAAUAUGGUCUGGUGGAUGUACUCUUAUGCAACUAUGGCUAUUGUUUUUUAAGAUUUCUAAGGGGUUAUUGUGAUAAUUAUCAGGGCCAGAAACUUUCUAUGGUAAUUUUUAAUUGAAAUCUUUUCUAUUAUUUAUUUUUCAGACAGACCAAGGCAUUAAAAAUCUCACAGCUGAAGAAGCUGCGAAAAUAAGCUCACAAGAUCCAGAUUAUGCUAUUAGGAGUUUAUACAACACAAUUGCUAAAAAAAAAUUUCCUUCAUGGACAUUUUAUAUUCAAGUUAUGACCGAGCAGCAAGCAGACAAAUUUCAAUGGAAUCCUUUUGAUUUAACUAAGGUAUGGCCCCAUAAAGAAUAUCCACUCAUUCCGGUCGGUAAACUCGUUUUGGACAAAAAUCCAUCAAAUUACUUUGCUGAUGUUGAACAAUUGGCUUUUGAUCCUGCACAUAUGGUACCAGGUAUUGAACCGAGCCCAGAUAAAAUGCUUCAAGGUCGACUCUUUGCUUAUAGUGAUACUCACAGACACCGUCUUGGGCCAAAUCAUCUUCAGCUUCCUGUAAAUUGUCCUUACAAAAGUAUAUCAAUAAUGAAUUAUCAGCGUGAUGGCUCAAUGACUAUACAUGAUCAGGAUGGAGCUCCGAACUAUUAUCCAAACAGCUUCAAAGGCCCUGAAGUAUGUCCGGCUGUAAAAUCUCCAGCAUUUAGUGCUUUUGGAGAUAUUGAUCGUUAUGAAGCGGUAAAUGAGGAUAACUUCGGCCAAGUUACAACUUUUUGGCAGAAAGUGCUUGAUGCUGAUGCAAAGACUCGACUUGUAACCAAUAUGGCUAACAGCCUUGCAAAAGCUUCAAAUUUCAUUGCUGAACGUGCUAUUAGAAACUUUUCCCAAGUGGAUGUUGAUCUUGGUCAGAGAUUAACGGAUGAAUUGCGGAAGAAAGGAAAAAUGAUAAAUAUUUCUGGAAAGGGAGCUAACUUAUAAAAAUAUUUUUAAUUA